CACCUUAUUCUGGUUAGCUUGUCUGCAGCAGGUGCGACUGAGGCUUCUACCAGCAGCGACGGCAACGGGACAAAGUAACGGGACUCCGGUUUGUCCAGGCGCCAUGAAGCGACUGUUGUUCGUGUUUGUCGCCGCUGUCGCGGCGUCAGUGCUCGGCCUCCCCGGGCCGGAUGUCGCCCCGGCGGCCGGUCCCUGCCUCGCCCCGCUGCAGUGGGAGGGCAGGUGGGUGCUGUACGACCACAGCACCGGGAGGAACAACCGUGCCGCUGUUUCCUACGACGGUCUGAACCAGAGGAUCCGAGUCCUGCAGCAGCACAAGAAACACACCCCGUGUCAGAAGUUUUUUGAGUACAUCUACUUGUACCAGAGCAUGGUGAUGUUCCAGAUCGACCAGAAGACCAAAGACUGUUCAAAGAUCGCUCUGACGGAGGCCUGGGAUCCCUUCGACAUCCCUGACAACUCCACCUUCGAGGACCAGUACUUCAUCGGAGGCCCAGGGGACAGCGUGGAGGUUCAGGAGUGGUCAGACAGGAAGCCGGCACGCCAGCAUGAGACCUGGGUGGGCGUUUACACCCUGAAGGACUGCUAUCCGGUGCAGGAGACCUACACCAGGAACAGCAGUGUCACCACCUCCACCCGCUUCUUCAACCUCCAGCUGGGCAUCAGCGACCCCGACGUCUUCACCCCGCCCAGCACCUGUCAGUCGGCUCGGCCAGAGAGGAUGGCCGAGUCCGACUGCUGAGGCUUCGCCUGACCUGUGACCUGUGACCUUUACUUUGUCCUAAGGCUGAGUCUGAAAUCACUCCCCCGAUCACUCAUUCACUGCUCCACACACUUACAAAGCACACAUGAUGCUGUUGUGCGUCAUCAGUGCCAGAUGAAGUUUUGCCCUGGUGUGUUACAUUUUUGUGUGUGUAACUAAUGAACGUGCCAUGGACGCUACUUCUAAAUCUGCACUACGUAUUUCAUACAGAUAACAUUGCAUAGGACACUACACAGUAAGGAGUGAUUGCGGACGCAGCCUUCGACUGAUCUGCUAAAGCAGUUUGUUAUCAGCACCAGUGAUUCCUGCAGACUGCAGCCUAACGAACUCACUCACAGAUAAUAGAACAAACUGCUCAUGAUUACCGAAUGAUUACUUUCAUGCUAAAAAGUGACUUUUAGUGUUGUUAUAUAAAUUUUCAUGACAAAAAAAAUAGAUUACGUUAAUCUCCAAGCUACCGAGCGAGCUUAGAGUGAACCGUUGGGUUUCACUGAAGCAUUCUGACUAUAUGCUAACAAGUGUUUGCAUUUACUCCUGUGGACUUUGGCUGUCCAACACAGGACAUGGAAUUACAGUGAGAGGCUACACAGAUGGUAGCAGUGAUAAUGCUAAACUUAAAAACAGUAUAAAGUUCCUGUUGUUUGCCUGCUGCACAACUUAUAGGCUCAAACUAAUUAAAACUGGUGGCCA